AUGUCUGACUUUAUAGGGUACUCUGAUACAAGUGGUGGUUUGAAUGAACCAGGAGAAUCAGAUUUAGAGAUUGAUGAAUCACUAUCAAUCAUUGAUAAGAUACAAAAGUAUAUAAAGAGUGAUAUGGUACUUCAUAGACUAUUUGUAGUUCGAGAGUUUUCAGAGGUGGCCAAUGAACAACCAUUUAGCGUAUUAAACUUUACCUUGUUACCCAUCAUUGAAGAGGUGGUCACUGACGAGGAACCAGUCAUCAGACAGGGAUUGGUGGAACAGAUUCCACUCGUCACCAAAGAGUUUCUCAGAUCGGGUGGUGAUACUGGCUAUGCCAAGAUUCUACACACUCUCUUCCCCAUCGUAGCUCAACUUGCUACCGAUCGUAAUCCACAAGUUCGUAUGUCUGCCGUCGAAUCACUUCAAGAUAUGGCUAAAUUAAUCAAACACGAGGAUUUGGAAUUACAUUUGAUUCCAUUUGUUCGUAGUCUAGUCAAUGAUUCAACUGAAGAAGAACAUAGAGUACAAGCUGCCAAUUUAUUACAUAAUCUUGCACCAAUUAUUGGAGAAGCAAUGACCAAACAAAUAUUUUUACCCUUUGUAUUAAAGUUGUCUGGUGAUCCAUCAUUUAGAGUUAGAAAGGCAAUUGCCGCUAAUUUAGGAAAUAUUUGUCAAACUAUUGGUGUUGAAGCUACAACUGAACAAUUGUUACCAAUCUUUUUAUCAUUAUCAAAAGAUGAAAUUUGGUCAGUUAGAAAAGGAUGUGCUGAAGUUUUGGUUAUUCUAUCACAAAAUGUUUCACCAAUUGAAAGAUAUAGCAAGUUGAUUCAAGUGUUUGAGCAAUUUGUCGUUGAAGAUCACUCGAGAUGGGUUAAUAGUGCAGCAUUCCAAAACCUUGGACCUUUUAUUGCCACUUUUGAUGGUUCUCAGGUCACACCAAAGCUACUACAAUACUUUACUCAUAUGAUUCUACCAGACAAGAACCGUUUCCCAGAGAGUGAUUUGGUUACUCACUGUGCUUUUAAUUUUCCUGCUGUACUUUUAACUGUUGGUAGUUCAAGAUGGUCAGAAUUAUCUGAAACCUAUAGUAAUUUGGUUAGUGAUACUACUUGGAGAGUAAGAAGAUCAUUAUCACAUUCACUUCAUGAAAUUGCAAAGAUAUUGGGACCAGCAGAAACCAAAUCAAGUUUGGUUCCAACUUUUAAUCUAUUCCUUCAAGAUUUGGAUGAAGUAAAGGUUGGUGUCAUUAAACAUUUUGCUGAUUUCCUUGAAUGUCUCGAUCCACAACUAAGAGAUCAUUAUAUCCCAACACUUAAUUCAUUUGUAAAUGAUCCAAACAAAUGGAGAUUUAGAAAAUUAAUAUCAAAACAAUUAGAAAAAUUAUGUUCACUAUUUAGUUUAAAGACAACUUUAACUCAAAUUGCACCAAUUAUUAUCAGUUUAUUGACCGAUCACGUUUCCAAAGUCAGAAAUUAUGCUGCCAGUGGAGUAGGCACUUUAAUCCAAUUAAUUCAAAAUCAUAAUAACAAUAAUAAUAAUAAUAAUAAUAAUAACAAUAAUAACAAUACAACAGAAGAUGAUAUAUCUAGUAUAAAAGAUGAUAUCUUAUCAACUCUUAAAUCAUUUGCAACCGAUAAUUCUUAUACAAAUAGACAAGGAUACGCAAGGAUGACAUAUUAUUUGGUCAAUCAAAUCGAUGCAGAAUUGUUUGAUCAACAAUUCUUACCCUUAUUUUUGGACUUGGUUGAUGACCAAGUACCCAAUGUACGUUUGGUCGUCGCCGAUGUCUUGUCUACCAAAUUGUCAACGAUUGACCGAUUCGAAAACAACGAGCAAAUCCAAGCAGCCAUUUACAAACUCAAACAAGAUAAAGAUUUAGAUGUAUCAUUCUUGAGCAACAACAAUGAAGAACGUGAAAAGAUUUUCAAACAAGCUUCAACUAAAAAUAAUACUCUUGAAAAUAACCAAGAAUCAUAA